AUGCACCCCGCCGGGCGCGGAGCCGCUGACGCGAGGCAACAGCUGUCGCUGCCGGGGUACGCGCACGUGCGGCACUUCCGCAGCGCCACCACCCACGAGACGCUGGUGGCGCAGUCGGACGCCACGAAGGAGCUGGUGCACAUCCGCGUCUACGCACUUGAGCUCCUGCGCAACCACCCAGCCCUGCGCACGCGCAUUGAGCGGAGAGCCCUCGUCGGAAGAAUCGCAGACCACCCGAACAUUGUCAAGGGUCUGCCGUCCUUCGUCUCCGACGUUGACCUCUUUCUUGUGGAGGAGCACUGCGUGGGCGGCGAGCUGCUUCGCGCGUUGGAGGAAUACUACAAAAGCACGGGCGUCCCUCCUUCCACGCCAGAAACAUGCCGGCGGUCCGGUCAGCAGGCCUCUCAGUGCUUGUCGCUGAGCUUUGUGCGGCGCACCAUGCGGGACCUCAUGCGCGGCGUGCAUUACCUGCACGCCAACUGCGGUGUGGUGCAUCGCAACAUCAAACUUGAGAGCAUCUUUUUGGACAGCAGCAACAGGGCCAAGUUGGGUAGGCUCGACAUGUGCGCGGCCAUUCCGUCGUGCGAGGGCAGUGACGGCAUGCUGCAGUUGUGCUGUGCCUCAAAGCACUACGCGGCGCCCGAGCUUGUCAUGGGGCUGCCGUACAAGGGGGAGUUGAUCGAUGUGUGGUCGGCGGGUGUCGUGCUAUUCGUGCUGCUGACGGGCCGCUUUCCCUUUGAAGCACAAGAGGAGGAGGAGGAGGAGGAAGGUGGCGGCGCAUCGUUGCUGUUUCAACGCAUCUGCACCGCCGAUGAGGUGCUGCAGGCUCACCCCGCAAUAGGGAUGGUGCCGGACCCGUUGGCGGUCGAUUUGGUCCGUAACAUGCUCCGGGUGAGGCCCGAGUGCAGGCUGACGACCGAGGAGGUGCUGCAGCACCCGUUUCUGAAGACACCAUAG